AAGGACCGUGACUCGGUCGCGCACAGUGCGGGAGGAGAGGGGCCGGUGCGGUUGCUUGCUUGCGACAGUCAGAAGAGGCUGAGUUUGGAGCAGCUACAGCAGUCGCUGCUGAUCCGUGGGCCCUGCUUUGGACAACUCCUGGGAGAUGGAAGAAGAGCUUGACACAGAGAACCCCGACCAGGUGGAGGUGGGCAUGGAGUCGCUGCCCGAACCGGCCCUGAUCAGGAUCCUGGCGUCCGUGCCCGCGAGCGACCUUGUUCUCGUGUGCCGGCUGGUGUGCCUGCAGUGGAAGGCCUUGGUGGACGGGGCGGCCCUCUGGGUCCUCAAGUGCCAACAAGAGGGGCUGGCUGGCGAGGAGCAGGCUGAGGAGGAGAGGGACAACUGGCAGACCUUCUACUUCCUGAGCAAGAGGAAGAGGAACCUACUCAAGAAUGUGUGUGGAGAAGAAGAGUUUGAGUCCUGGGGAGAGAUGGAGCACGGUGGAGACGGUUGGAAGGUGGAGGAACUCCCUGGGGACAACGGUUCUGAGUUCUCUGAUGACAGCGUCAACAAAUACUUUGUCACAUCUUAUGAGUGGUGCCGCAAAACUCAGGUUAUUGAUCUGAGAGCUGAAGGCUACUGGGAGGAGUUGAUGGACACCACUCAGCCCGAUAUAGUAGUGAAGGACUGGUACGCGUCCCGGAGCGAUUCCGGCUGCCUGUAUGAACUGUGCGUGAAGCUGCUGUCCGAGCAUGAGGACGUCUUGAUGGAGUACAAGAGUGGCACCGUGGCUGUGCCUCAGGAUGAUUCCAGCUGGAAGGAGAUUUCUCACACCUUCUCCAACUAUGGGCCCGGGGUGCGCUUCGUCCGUUUCGAGCAUGGUGGCCAGGACACCGUCUUCUGGAAGGGCUGGUUUGGGGUGCGGGUGACCAACAGCAGCGUGAUGGUGGAGCCCUAGCCUGGCCUCCAGUCCAGAUGAACACCCCCCCCAACCUCCCAGCCCUGGGGGCAGCUGUCCACUGGGAAGGGAUCCCUGGGUGAGACCAGUGGAAUGGGGGGGCAGAGGCAGGCCAAGACUUUAGACUGGCCACCCCUUGUUAAAGCCUGCCUCCUUGGCUCAUCUCUAGCCCCUCUUCUGCUCUUGGGAUUAGGGGACCAUGACAUGGCCCUCAGAGGAUGGGAACUGGCUGCUGGUUGCCCCCUCAGUUCUCUUGGGGAAUCUCAGUUUCCUCUCUCUUCCCCCCGUUGACCCCAGUUCCAGGAAAAAAAGACAGCACCUCCUCCUCGGCUCAGCCCAGCUUCUGUGUUUAUUUCCCCCUUUGCUUUUUGCCCUGGAAGCUUGACAUAAGGUGGCAGAAUCUUUGCUGUAAAUCCUAUGCCCAUCUCCUUCUCCGUCUGUCUCUCUCUUUCCUAAUGAUCCCCAGCUCAACGGAUGGUCAGGGAGUCCUGGGUCUCUGGCACAGUGCUGCAGUCUCAUUACCAAAAGUGCCCAAGCAGUUGAUGCAAAAAUAAAAAAAUAGAGGUUGGGGGAAAUAAAAGCUGUUAAUUUUACAUAUAAUUUGCAUCUCAGCAGCAGGUCCUUGAUGUAAUGUCAAGCUGGCCCGGAAUGUCCCAGACUUUCUCCAACCCUUUACAUCUUCCCCCGGCCCCGCACCCCACACUCCCUCAUGCUUUCAGCUCUUGAUGGGUCGGAUUGGUCGGCCAAACCUGGCGAAACUCCCGCCUGGGUUCUGGCCUAGCUCCAUGGCAGCACUGGUCAGGAGCUCCAGUUUCUAGGGCAAGUUUUGUCAGGGGGGAGGGGAGGGGUGCUUGCCCAGAUCCGAACUGCUAGUGUCAUAAGAAGUUCCCAGAGUCCCCCAGCCUUCCACCCGUCUCUCCCAUGUUGGCGCCACUGAACUGCUGGGAGCCAGUCCUUGGAGGGGGCACGACCCUGGAACAAGGGCCGGGAUUGUGAGGGCUGGAGGAGAUAAGGGGAGACUGAAUGGGGCUGGGACAGGCUGGUUCUCUCUCAGGACUGCUGGGAGCCAUGGUUGACACCUGAGAGAAGCAUACUGCCUCAGAGCUCACAAGGUUAGGGGGAAAUGGGUCCUUGGGCUCCUCUCUUGAGAAACAAACAGCCCCUCUCCCAGCCUGCUCUCCAGCUCUGUCUGACCCCUCCCUCUCUGUCUUCAUAGUCUGCCCACUAAAUGCUAGGACAUGCUGCUGCAGCUGCUGACCUGCAACCCCCGCCCACGGUGCCGAGGGUGCCCGCUGCUCCUCUGCUGGCCGCAGCGCUUAGUACUGUGCCCUGCACACAAUAAGCGCUUAUUAAAUACAAUUGAAUGAAAGAUGCAACCUACCCCUCUGGCCUGAGCCCGUACUCUUCUCCGUUGGCGGGACCCCCACCUUCACCAGGGGCAGGGACAGAAAAGAAGGAUGGGCAGCCAAAGAGUUCAAGCAGAAAUUCGAAUCCUGCUUGAGACACAGCUUGUAGAGGACGGAUGGAGGUCGGGAACGGUGGGGGUAGAAGAUAUGUCCCCUGGGGUCAGCACGAGGUCCUGUAAGCUCUUACUCACUUCAUGCUGCCUGACACAACCUCUCUCUGCCACUUCCACUCACAUUUGGAAUUACACCAAGCUCAGUGGCUGGAGGAGGGGUGUGUGUGUAUGCGUAAGAGACUGUACCGGCUCCUUCCCAUUUGCUCGUACCCUCAUCCCAGAUUUUGGUGUGGUUUUUCGCCUCCCCCCACCACCUCCUCUCCUGAGGCAAGUUCUAGUUUCCUCAUUUCUCCCUUCUCCUCAACUCAGCACCGCCUCCCCGAAUGUUCUUUUGGCCUCUGGGGUUAAACCAGGAACCAUCUUUAGAGCCUCGGCAUUGGCUCCUCUGUGUACCGGAACUAAUAAAGCCACCGUGUCUGCUGACCUCC